CCACCGGAAGUUUCAGACCCUUUCUUUCUCGGCCACCGGAAUCUUCCUUUGGCUUUCUCUAUAACUAUAAUCUUGAACAAUAUCAGGAUCCAUGCAGAAUAGAGGGAAGAAUGAAGAAUGGGAUGAUUAUCUCUUAGAUCGUCUAAGAUUAAAACAAAAUUAAAAUUGAAAAUUUGUAGAUAUAGAAAGUUUGGUUUCUAAGAGAAUUUGUAUAAUUUUCUCUCUGUGUGUUGCUUCCAUGAGCAGGCAUCGAUGUGAAGCAUUCGGCCAUGGCGGGGACGUCUGAGACCGUGCUCCAAGGGCUGGUUCCAGGGAUGGAUAUGAAUAGCUAUGGAAAUUUGGAUAAGAAGAAGCGGCUGAGCAGCGAGCAGCUCGAGUCGCUCGAACGUAGCUUCCAGGAGGAGAUCAAGCUCGAUCCCAAUCGGAAGCAGAAGCUGUCGAAGGAGCUCGGUCUGCAGCCGCGCCAGAUCGCCGUUUGGUUUCAGAACCGCCGUGCGAGGUGGAAGGCGAAGCAGCUCGAGCAUCUCUACGAUACUCUCAAACAAGAGUUCGAUGCCAUUUCUAGAGAGAAACACAAGCUUCAAGAGGAGGUAAUAAAGCUGAGGAGUAUGCUGAGAGAGCUUCAAGCUGCAAGGAACCAAGUAUCGACGGUGUACACUGACUUGUCGGGCGAGGAGACGGUGGAAAGCACCUCCGUCGGAGCUGGCUGCUCGAGCAAGCCAAGAGCGGUGGCAACAGCAGCAGCAAACCAGUACCCGACGCCACCGGAGCAGUGCAACUAUGUGUUCAACACAGAGGAAUACAACCCCAUGUCUCCAACUUUCUGGGGCUCUCUGCCACCCACAUAUCAUCCCCAGUAGGGUUGUUUGGUUUGGCUGUUGGGCUUGCUUUGGCCUUCUGUUUUUAUCAGAUUGUGAAGUGAGAGUUUAAAUUAGGGUUUAGAGAAUAGUGUUUGAAAGUUAACAGUUUCUAAUAUGAUCAGUAUUUCAUGGGGUCUUGGGGUCUGUUUGGAGAGUUCAGAUCAUACCACCUCAAAUCUGGUUUUAAUUUUAUACACAAAAGGGGAGCAAAUGGAGAUAUUGAUGUAUGAUUUUGUUAACAAAGAGUUGAGGUUAUAUGAUCUGAACUUUCUGUGCUCAUCUAACAAGAUCCCACUUUAAUAAAUUGAAUUCCUCUUUUAUGUUCGC